CUCUGAGGAGCCCAAACUUUCCAGUAGCACCACAGGCGGCUGCUGCACAAAGACAGACAGAAAGACAGACAGCUAGAUGAAUAAAAAUUAAAGCAGAAGAAAAGUUGUUGGCUCUCCUAAAAUAUUCAAGGCUUAGAUAACUUAGUGCAGUCUUCUUUUGUUUCAUUUUAAGUGUUAUAUUUAUAUUUUUAUUGAAGUGGGCCCUUUGUGUGAGAAAAAAAAAAGAGAAAAUGACGAGUCUGCUGUGCAUCACAAUGAUCUCCCUGACCCUGGCUGGCAGUGCCUACAGUCAACCAUUAUCAGAUGAGUCGACGAGCACUCCCCCACCACUACCAGAUGAUCCGACGAACACUUCCCCACCUCUACCAGAUCAUCCGACGAGCAAUACCCCAGCACUACCAGAUCAGCCGACGAGCAAUGCCCCAGCACUAGUCAAGGUUUUUGCCAACCUCGGUGACAAUGUCACUCUGCCCUGCCGACUCCAGUCCAAAGACUCUGCCUUUGCACACGUUGGUAUCCGAGUCAAAUGGACCAAGGUGGCCGAUGAUGAAGCACUGAAUGAGGAUGUGCUGCUUUCAAUGGGAUUCCACAAGAAGACCUACGGAAACUUCGAGGACCGUGUCUUCAUGCAGGAGCUUGACCAUGAAGAUGCCACCAUAAUCAUAACCGACGUCUCCAUGGAAGACAUGGGAAAGUACCGCUGUGAGAUCAUCAACGGGAUGGAAGACACCGUGAAAGAGAUUAUCCUGGAGGUGGAAGGCGUUGCCACUGAUGGUGUCGUGUUCCCAUACUCCCCCCGUGUUGGCCGCUACAGCAUGACCUUUGAUGAGGCCGUGCAGGCCUGUCUGGACCAGAAUGCUAGUGUCGCUACCUUUGAUCAGCUGUUUGAUGCCUGGAAAAGUGGUCUGGACUGGUGCAAUGCUGGCUGGCUUAGUGACAGCACAGUGCAGUAUCCCAUCACCAAACCCAGAGAGCCCUGCGGUGGCACCAAAAACGGACCUGGUGUCAGAAACUAUGGCCCCCGCGACAAACAGAGCCACUUCGAUGUGUUCUGCUUUUCUUCAGCACUCAAGGGACAUUUCUACUGGCUGGUCCAGCCCGACAGCCUGACCUUUGAUGAGGCUGUGCAGGCAUGCAUAGACGAUGGUGCAGAGAUUGCCAAGGUGGGCCACAUGUACUCCGCCUGGAAGCUUGAGGGCUACGAUCGCUGCGAUGCCGGCUGGUUGGCUGACACAAGUGUCCGCUACCCCAUCUCCAGGCCCCGCAAAAACUGCAGCCCGACUGAAGCUGCAGUGCGCUUUGUCGGAUUCCCAGACCCGAUGCAAAAGUCUUACGGCGUCUACUGCUACAAAGAGUACUGAGGCGGUAGAUAGGAGUAGGGAAGCCAUAACCACCAAAGAGCAGCAACAACCACAACCAAUAAAACCCACAAUAAAGCCGAUAAGCUUUGAAUCUUAACUAGCAUGAGCUCAAUGCCUUUCUGAAACUGUGAUAACCCUUUUUAACCCCUAAAACAACAAAUACUGUACACCUUAUUUCCAUACGCAAUGAAUGACAAAAAUAUUUUUUAGCCAUUAAGUUUUGUUUUUCUCUAACUGUGCAUUCAUUAAUUUUACACAGACUGUUGAGGGAAAAGCAACAGUGUUAAUGUAUGAGUGAUGCGACACAGACAAGAACUUGAUGGUUGUGAAACAUACUUUAAAUUUCGUUUGUCCUCCACAGAACGAUUCAUGACUUAGAGCAUUUACGCUCAUGUGCAGAUGAUAUUUGCUGCUUCAAAAAUUUGUCUACAGAACAAAACGAUGUGAUAUGUUCCGCAUUUAUCAAGUAUCACGUCCAUGAAAGACCUUAGAUUGAUUCCAGAGACAUGAACAUAACUACAGCUGUCGAGCUAUGGAAAGGCCUACAUGUUAUACUGCAGUAAGUAUUCAUCUGGACUCCUCUCUAAUCAGAGUUGAAGCUGUUUUUACCACCUCUUAAACUGCAGUCGUUUCAACCAGAGGAGUUGUGAUAUCAAAUUUACUGUUGCGCAAGAAAAUGAAUGUAAAUGUCUCGAUGGACUGUGACCUAUUCUGCAUUGAUAGCUCCCAUUAAAUCAACUCCCAGUUCCAAUCUGAAGGACAGUUUUACUAUUGUAACCUUAUGCAGUAUGUUUGUUUUAACUAAAUGUUUUUUUUUUUUACUUUUUUUAAUGAUGUUUGUCACUAUAGUUUUUUUUACAUGUUCAUAAUGUUCUUUUUAAAGAAGAAAAAACAGAUUUUGUCACUUGAUGUUUACGUGAAAUGUAGUUUUUAGAAAACAAUACAAAACGGCAAGAUUACAGUCAGGCAGUGAAUGCAGAAUAAGUACAGAUCUUUCCCUUUUGCCCCUGAGCACAAACUUGUACCAAAACAUACCCUGAUUGUCUAACAGCUGCAGGAGUUAGACAAUAACUUUAAUAUUACAGCAGUUACAAUUAAUGAACCAGUGGGCUGAAAUCCACUCUGACUGCUGCAACAGUUUCAUUAAAUCUUACUGAGGUUAUGAGCUGUAAGUGGUAACUUUCCACUUGCACUCUGUUGGUUUAAUAUUGAUGAUCAUUCCUCAAUAAGAAUUCUGUAAUAGCCCUGCUGUAGUGACUGAGUCUGAAUAAAUGUAAAGGAAUAUCUUAUAUAUUUCCCCAUGGACCACAGUGAGCAUGUUUUAGACAUACAGAGCUGACCAUGCAAAGCUGUGCCACAACCACAAGAUAGCACCACCUUUAGGUAUCUGUUUGAAAAGAAAUCUGACACUUGUGUUUUACUUUUUCUAACCCUGGGCACUGACAUAUGGUACUUACUGCAGGUUACACGUGGUAAUAUGGUGAUGCAUUGUUUGUAAAAGCAAAACUUAAAAAUGUCUCUCACACCUGUGCAUUUGUAUACACUUGUGCAUGAAAAAAGGUGAAGGUAUUUUUGUAUCUUAUCGCCAUGUACCUUUUUCAACAAAGCAGUUUGAAAUAAAGAGUACGACUUUUAAAUCAA